GGCACGGAGAAAGCAUUCACAUACGAUUACGUGUUCGACCCCGCUGCUGAACAAGAGGAAGUGUUCAGCACCGCCAUCUCACCGUUACUGCGCGGACUUUUCAAAGGCUACCAUGCCACUGUUUUGGCGUACGGACAGACGGGGUCAGGAAAAACCUACUCGAUGGGAGGAACGUACACAUCGGCGCAGGAAAACGACCCUUCGGUCGGAGUUAUCCCCCGAGUCAUUCAGAGGAUCUUUGAGGAGAGGGAAAAGAGAGCAAACUCUGAGUUCUGUCUGGCUGUGUCGUAUCUGGAGAUAUAUAACGAAGACAUAUUAGAUUUGCUGUGUUCCUCUAAAGAUAAACCAGCCAUUAGCAUUCGGGAGGACCCUAAAGAAGGCAUUAAGAUUGUUGGGCUGACUGAGCGGCAGGUGUUUACCGCCCCGGAGAUGGUGGGCUGUCUGGAACUCGGGAACUCCGCGCGUACAGUGGGGUCCACAGCCAUGAAUGCAGCCUCUUCACGUUCCCACGCCAUUUUCACGAUCACACUGGAGCAGCGCAGAGGAUCAGACAAAGUGGAUUCGAUUGUUUCAAAGCUGCACCUUGUCGAUCUGGCUGGCUCAGAGAGACAGAAGAAAACCAAAGCAGAGGGAGACCGUUUAAAAGAAGGAAUCAGCAUCAACCGCGGCCUCUUGUGUCUGGGUAAUGUGAUCAGUGCUUUGGGUGAUGAAGGCAAGAAAAACACCUUUGUUCCCUACAGAGACUCCAAACUCACCCGUCUGCUCCAGGAUUCUCUCGGAGGAAACAGCCACACUCUGAUGAUUGCGUGCGUCAGUCCUGCAGACUCCAACAUGGAGGAAACCAUCAACACGCUGCGCUACGCCGACAGAGCGCGCAAGAUUAAGAAUAAACCCAUCGUUAACGUCGACCCCAGAGCCGCAGAAAUGAACCGACUGAAACAGCAGGUUCAAGAGCUGCAGGUGAUGCUUCUGCACGCGCGAGGCGGAGUCGCUCCUGUGCUCUCCGGGCCCAGUUCAGCUGAGGACGUGGGCAAGCUGCUGGAGAAGAACCGCACUCUACARGACGAGAACAGAAAGCUGUGCCGAGAGCUGAGUGAGGCGGCGGGACAGACGGCCCUCAUGUUUGAGAAGAUCAUCAUGACGGAACAAACUAAUGAGAAACUGCAAAGCAAACUGGAGCAGCUUCAGCGCCACGCAGCCUGUGCUGUUGAUCUUCAGAAAGUGAUGCAGUCACUGGACGACCAGGAGUUAAAGGAAAAUGUGGAGGUGAUGAAGAACUUACAAGAGCUCAUCUUGGAGCUCAAGAACGAGAGCGUCUGCAUAUCUGCCUCCAUCGACGCCAUGACUGCGAGAGAGGAAGUACCUGAGGUGGCAGCGGACGRCAGAACAAAUCCCCCUGAGCAGUCUGCAUCAGAUUCCCCAGAAGCUUUCACAGCCAACCAUGCUCUGAGACAAGCCCAGCUCUCCAAAGAGCUCAUAGAGCUGAACAACGUGUUGAGUUUGAAGGAAGCUUACGUGAGGAAAAUGUGCGAGAACGACAGCCAGCUGGAGCCCAUGCAGUCAGAGCACCACAGAAACGUCCAAACUCUGCAGUCGGCCGUCGAUUCUCUGCAAAAGGAAAAAGGGGAACUGGUUUUAGCUCUUCAGUCGGCUAAGAAAGACACCAACCAGGCAAAACUCAGCGAGCAGCGGAGGAGGAGAYUACAGGAGCUAGAAGCUCAGCUCGUAGAUCUGAAGAAGAAGCUACUUGAUCAGUCGAAGCUGUUGAAACUCAAGGAAUCCUCUGUUCAGAAAGUCAGCAAGCUGAUGCAGGAGAUACAGGCUAUGAAGUCGCAGCGAAUACAGCUGAUGAAGCAGAUGAGAGAAGAUGCUGAUAAAUACAGGCAGUGGAAGAGCAAGAAGGACAGGGAGGUCCUGCAGCUGAAGGAGAAGGAUCGUAAACGGCAGUACGAGCUGCUUAAACUGGAGCGAGAUUUCCAGAAACAAGCCAAYGUCCUGCGGCGCAAAACCGAGGAGGCAGCAGCUGCUAACAAAAGACUGAAAGACGCCUUGCUGAAGAGAAGCGAAGCUGCAGAGAAGCGCAAAGAUGGCCAUAACCGAGGCAUGGAGGGAGCUGCUGCGAGAGUCAAGACGUGGCUGCUGAACGAGGUGGAGGUGAUGGUGAGCACGGAGGAGGCGCGCCGCCACCUCAACGACCUGCUGGACGACAGGAAGGUCCUGGCCCAGGAGAUCAACAACCUCAAACAGCAGAUGGAGGCCGGGGAGAGACCUGCUCCUAAAAUCAGACGUCGGACUCUGAUCAUCUCUGAGUUGGAGACSCAGGGGUCGCUGGAGACCCCGCUGUCCAAGCAGGUGGAGAACCUGCAGACAGAAAUGGGCCUGCGUCGAGCUCAGGAAAGCACUAACGCAAAGCCGUGUGUCUUUGUUCAGUGUGCGUGCAAAGGUCGCUGCGGCAACAAGCAGUGCAGGUGUCGCAAAGGCAAGAUGACGUGCGGCGAGAACUGCCAGUGUGAUCACGAGAAGUGUCGAAACCUGGACAGCCAGGCGGCGGACGGAAGCAUCACAGACGGCACUUCUAGAGACUCUGCGUCCCUGCAGGAGCCAUCCUGCGACAACCCUGACGACGCCACCUUCUUCAAGCCUCCAUCUUGCACCCCAACCAAAAAGGUGCUGAAGGAAAUCGGAGACAUGGGCCAAAGCACCGCUGAGCUGCAGUUGCUAAGGAAACCCGCCUGGACGGAGGAGGAGGAAGGCGAGGAAGAGGAUAACGAGGACAGAACGACKGUCAGCUUCCUCAAGAAGAAGAAGCGGCUCCUGACCAGCUUCCAGAACAGUUUCUUCUCCGGCUGCACUCCCAUUAGAGAGGAAUCCUAAUAACUUCUGUUGUUGUUGUUGUUUUUAUUGUUUUCUUCCUGUAGUCGUCAGUGUGUGUGUUUUUGUCUCAUCUUUUGUCUAUUUUUAUGUCAUCUACUGUACCGUGGAAGUCGCUGUAGAUUUAAACUCUUCCGUUCAUAGAGGUAAACUAAUGGAGGUUUUGAAACAUCGACUGGUAUCCGUGACGAUCAAGAACGCCUGUACAGAACUUUAGUUGUCAUCUUUUCUUUCACUAACGUUAAAAUAAUCCGCUGCCACUCGUCGCCUUGGCUAGCGCUCUUUAACCUUUGUAUGUGCUUUUAGUAUCUGAGCUGAAUAAAGUCUUGACAUCACAUCUAGA